CAUAUAGACCGGGAUGUCGAGCCAUACGUUUGCAUCUCCGAAGAGUGCCAAGAACCCCUUCGAUUCUUUGCUCAUCUGGACGACUGGGAAAAUCACAUGCAGACAAUGCACACCCCCAACUGGGCACAGAAGAUACACACCACGACCUGGUACUGCGACAUUGACACCUGCAACGAGAAUACCGGUGGGAAAAAAGGGUUUGCCGAUAAAGGGGCCUUUAUACAGCACUUAUCGAUAGCUCAUCCAAAGAAACUCACGAAGCCGCAAAUAUCGGCAAAAGCAAGGAGGAACAGAACCACCAAAGCCAGGGAUUCUCUUACUUGUCCCCUCUGC